ACUCCAUAGAUUUAAAUUAGUCUGUGGUCGUCAGUGGACGGACGUCAAGGAAAAUGAUGAAAAGUGUGUCAAAGUAAUUUUAUUUCACAAUUUUUUAAAUCGCACGAUUUUCUUUAAAUAAAUUCCGCAAUAUUAUAAUUUUAAUGAUUGAAACUGUUGUGAUUUGUGAAGUUUUACUAUUUGGCGCAAUAAGAUAAAAUCUUAAUAAGGAAAAAUAUCGGGCAAGAUGAAGGUUUGGGGGGCGCACGGCGAGUUUUGUGCAAGACAUCAGUGGGAAGUGAUCGUGGCCACCUUGGCUCUAUUAGCCUGUGCAGCCAGUGUCGAGCGUCAUGCAUCAGGGCAAGGAUCCGAAAGGUGCGCGGGUUGGGCCAGAGCCUGCCCCGGCCUCGAAGCGGAGUAUCAAGCUGCAGACGCCGUCAUAAUGACCAUUGUGCGCUGUUCUGCCCUUCUAUACGCCUACUACCAAGUCUCGAACCUUCAAAAAAUCGCCUCCAAGUACCUCCUAAUCAUCGCCGGUGUCUUCUCAACUUUCGCCAGUUUUAUAUUCACGUCUGCAUUAGCUAGCUUAUUUUGGACUGAGUUAGCGAGUAUUAAAGAUGCCCCGUUUUUAUUCCUACUAGUCGCUGAUGUAGCGAGAGGUGCGAGAAUGGCGAAAGCUGGCUGGAGCGCGGGAGAGGACCAAGGAAAGAGGGUAGGGCGGGCUUUAUCGUUACUGGGACCGACAGCUACGUUAGAUACGCUUCUAGCGGUUCUUCUAGUCGGUGUUGGUGGAUUAUCAGGGGUGCCCAGAUUGGAACACAUGUGCACAUUUGCCUGUUUAGCCUUGAUGGUUGAUUACCUAGUAUUCGUUACGUUUUAUCCUGCCUGCUUGUCGUUGGUAGCGGACUUUGCAUCUGGUAAAAAAGAUUUGACUGGAGAUAACCCGUUCAUGGAAACCGACUUGAAACCUAACCCUGUCGUUCAAAGAGUAAAGAUGAUUAUGGCUGCUGGAUUGCUUUGUGUUCAUCUUACGAGCAGAUGGCCUUGGGCAAGAGAUAACGGAAUGAUGGACGGCUCGCUGAGCAACAGUUUCAAGCCGUCACCGCAUGAUAACGUUCUACUGCACUCAUACAUUAAGUGGUUCUCUGUAUCCGCUGAUUAUCUCGUAAUUGCAACUUUACUAUGCGCUCUGAUUAUCAAAUUUAUUUUCUUUGAAGAACAAAGGAACUGGGUUAUCGAUAUGAACGACCUAACUGUUAAAGAAGUGGUGCAUAACGACAAACCGGUGUUUACGUUGGGAGAGGACGUGAAGGCUGACGCAGGCAUACAAACGGAGGACUUUUUAGGCUGUGAUGAAGCUGAAUGGCCAACGCUAUCGCCAAGCUCUUCUGUUGCCAAAUUGAACUCCAAGAAACGACCGAUGGCAGAAUGCCUGGAAAUUUAUCGAUCAGAAGGAGAUUGCACUUCAUUGAGUGACGAAGAAGUCGUAAUGCUAGUGGAACAGUCUCAUAUUCCCUUACACAGACUAGAAGUUGUUUUAUGCGAUCCUUUAAGAGGUGUGAGAUUGCGCAGAAAAGUAAUAUCAUCAAGAUUUCAGACCGAAAACGCAAUAAAAACUUUACCGUACUUAAAUUAUGAUUAUAGCAAAGUGAUGAACGCAUGUUGCGAAAAUGUAAUCGGAUUUGUCGGUAUACCCGUCGGCUAUGCAGGUCCAUUAGUAGUAGAUGGAAAGCCUUAUAUGAUACCGAUGGCUACUACAGAAGGUGCUCUGGUCGCUUCAACAAAUAGAGGAGCUAAAGCGAUUGGACCUAGAGGUGUUACUAGUGUAGUUGAAGAUAUUGGAAUGACUCGAGCGCCGGCCGUGAAACUACCAAACGUUGUACGAGCGUUAGAGUGCCGCCAGUGGUUAGACAAUAAAGAAAAUUAUGAAUUGAUCAAAGAAGCGUUCGACUCAACAUCAAGGUUUGCCCGGCUUCAAGAAGUUCACAUUGGUGUUGAUGGCGCAACGCUUUAUCUAAGAUUCAGAGCAACAACCGGUGAUGCAAUGGGCAUGAACAUGGUAUCGAAGGGUGCAGAGAAUGCAUUGAAAGUCCUCAAAAAAUUCUUCCCCGAUAUGGAAGUUAUCAGUCUCUCGGGUAACUACUGCUCAGAUAAAAAAGCGGCAUCUAUAAACUGGGUAAAAGGGCGUGGUAAGCGAGUUGUCUGCGAAACGACAGUCUCUGCUGAGAAUUUACGUACAAUUUUAAAAUCCGAUGCAAAAACGCUAGCGCGGUGUAAUAAAAUCAAGAACCUGUCGGGGUCAGCGCUAGCUGGCUCCAUUGGAGGUAACAACGCCCAUGCUGCUAACAUGGUGACGGCCAUCUUUAUAGCUACAGGACAGGACCCAGCUCAGAAUGUAACGAGCAGUAACUGUUCCACCAGCAUGGAGGUUUGUGGGGAGAAUAGGGACGAAUUAUAUGUUACUUGUACCAUGCCUUGUCUGGAAGUCGGUACUGUAGGUGGGGGAACAGUUUUGACAGGUCAAAGCGCGUGCUUAGAGAUCCUAGGUGUAAAGGGAGCUGGCGUAAGACCCGCAGAGAAUUCGGCAAGAUUAGGUUCAUUAAUUUGCGCAACUGUGCUAGCCGGCGAGUUGAGUUUGAUGGCUGCCCUCGUGAAUUCCGAUUUGGUAAAAUCUCAUAUGCGGCAUAACAGAUCCACGGUGAAUGUCCAAGGUUCAACUAAUGACAUGACAUUAAAAGUACCAAAGUUAUAACGUGGCCUUUUAUUCGUUUUAGAAUUUUUAGUGCUUGGCUGAGGCUUAAACUGUUUGAGGCUUACAUUUUGUUGAAUAAUCUUCGUGCUUCCAUUUUUAAUGAACAUUUUGAAAGAUAAAACUUGGUCGAUAUUAUCGUAAAAAUUGUUACAAAUAACUCGACUUUGACAUAAUGCAUAUGUAUUUUCUUCGCGGUUUGAGAGUUGGGUUUUAUUACCUUACAGUGCGCAGUGGUAGUAUAUACAUAUUGCGAUUUGUUUUAGAAGUUUUAAGGAUUUUAUUAUAUGUAAGUCGGUACUAACUGAGGACUGUUGAUGCACAAAUUGAUAUGAUAAAGUACUUAACAGUUUAUUGCCACGAUUUUAAUAAAAAUAUCGUUUUAUUGUGUAAAUCGUUUAAUGUUUUUCUUGACGUCCGUAACUGAAAGUGCUUCUAACGAACCUUGACAAAUAAAUGAAUGCAAAUUUUGUAAUACCGUUGCUGUAAUAUCAAAAUCUGCAAAUGAUAUCGUCUUUAGUUUAUCGGAUUUAAACGCGAAUCUAAUACUUGACGUUUCGCAUAAAUUCAGUGUCUUAACACAGCCCUUUGAAGCCUUCAGUAUAGUUUCGCUUUUAAGUUCUAAAAGUUAUAGUAAAAACUAAAAACACAGAAAAAUGGCAAAUGUUAAAUUAUCCUAGUUAUUAUUAUAAGCAUUAAACACUUCUUUUAUCAUUCAUAAGAAUACGUGUUAUCAAAUCCAGCUGUUUUAUGUAAUCGUUACAUAAAAUUCGAGUUAUGUAUUGGCAUAAUUGAUGGAAGACCAUUUUCGAUGUCAUUCAAGUAUUAAGUGUUCCAAAUAUAGGACUGGAUUGUUUCACUUGCGGUCAUGUCUUUAACUAGAAAAGUACUUGGACUCGUAAUUUGGCAAGAUUACAUCAUAGCGAGUGUCCUAAAAAAUAAUUUCUGCCUAAUUAUUUCAAUUUAUCUUUAAAGUGACAUAGACAAUGAUUUAAAAUUAAAAACUUGAUACAUCAUAUGUUAUCUUUAAUAGAACGACCGUAUUUCAAACGUUAUGACGUUUCGUAAUGCAUCCUUGAAAAAUCACAGAUUGCGUAUUUUACGCUAAGAACAAGGCCUCUUACGAAAAUGGUUGACGUUAAUUUUGGCGGGAAAUGUCAACAGUGUGACUUUAGCAGAAUGUGGUCUAAUUACAGUUGUGUAUUUUUUCGACGUAAAAGGUCUUUAUAAAUUCUUUAAAAAGUUCUCUUUAGUAUAGAUUAAAUGUAGUUGGUAUACGGAUUCGGCUAUUUUAGGUAUUAAAAGCGAAGAAAAAUUGUAACCUGACCGAUAAUUUAAAGAUAUUUAAAAUCAAGACGAUAGCAUUUGUUUUUGACAAAUCGAAGUGUGAAGAAAGUUUUUAUUUGAAGUUUGUGAAUUCUAUUUAAAUGUCUACUCAUGGUUUGGUUUUGUUUCAAUACAGUAAAAUAAUACAAACACAUGUUUUAAUUAUAUUAUGUUGUUAAUUUUUGUUGCUUAUGAUUGUGGUUCCACUGGUUUAAUAAUGGAAUGGCACGGGAAUCCCACUUAAUCAAGGUUGGUUACAAAAAUAGCCGUGACACAGUGUACUUUUCUCCAAAUCGAGUUUGAUCAGAAUUGCAAUAUUCAACUUACGGACAACCGUUGGUAAAAACACCUAGAAAAUAUAUGAUAUAGAAAAAUGUCACGUAGAUAGAAAAUGUUAGAAUAAAGAUUAUAUAUUAUUGUUUCUUAAUGCAUAUUUGUAGAGAUUUUUUUAUGUGUUUAUUUAAAAAAUAUCGAUUUAUAUACGAACGAUGGUUUGGAAGGUUCGCCCGAAGACAUUAGCAACACCGAUCUGUCCCAAUGGACUUUAUAGAUAGUAGACUGAUAUUAUAAAUCUAAGUUAAUAUUAAAUAUUUAUUGUAAAUACAAUGGGUGUGGCAGUCACUUAAAUAAAUUAUAAUUAUUUUUA